AAUGUCUGAAUAAAAUCUAAUGAAUCAAAGGCACGCAACAACACAACUGGAUACGCAAUAUCUCACAUAAUUCCAAUUCAGCUCUCUUGGAAUCCAUUACGGCUUGGAGAGCGCAAGCGGUCAAUAAAACAGUCUCCGAGCGCUGAACCUGCGCAACAGUGCCUGCUCCAGUGCAACAGGCACCUAACCCCUCUCCACUUUCCUAUAUUAUGAAUUAGAGCUUGAUCGCCUUUGGUGCUCGUCCUGUUUCAACAUUUAAAAAGGAAUUAUCAAGGAUUUCAAAUCAAAUAUAAUAUUAUCGGUAUGAAAGGGAAAGAUAAUUUCAAUACAAUUCUAUUUUUUGCACUUUUGGUGCUACUGACAUUGAUUAGCUUUGUCACAUCAUUUCCACUUAAUAAUAAGGCAGCUGGAUGGAUGAGUACAACCAAUGAAGACACAAGAAGUUAUCACCAUUUGAGUGGCAGCAGCAAAUUUUCAAAAUCAGCUUUUUCACAGCCACCAAGAGUUUAUCAUGGCUUAAGUGGCAACAGUUCAAAUAAGACGUUAGCUGCUAUUUUGCUUCUGACAGUGUUCGGAGUUGGAGCAACAGCAUUCUUCAUGAUAGUCUGUUCCAAAAUUACAAAAAAAGAACAAUAUGAUUCCGUGAAAGGCACGAUUUACUGAUUUUUUUUUGAAACACGAAUUCUCAGUUAUCGACAAUCUAGCAUCUUGGUUUCGAAGCUCUUCUCAUUUCUUUUUCUUCACUUGAUUGCUCAUAUUGAGACACUGAACAGUCACAGUUUUCUCAAUUCAAAUCAUAUUACUCUGAUAGUCUAGUCGUGUUUUUUAUUUCAACUCAUAUAUAAGCGGAAUAAUUUAACUUUAAAUUCUCUGUUAGGUAUUUGCAGAUGAAAUGUGAGAACUUUUAUUUGUCCUAAGUAGUGAAGGGAACAAUAACUAUGUCAAAGUGAAAUGUAUGUAAAAUGAGUGACGUCUUAACUAUUUUUAAAUUGUUGUGCAGUUACACAAUAUGUGACUUUGUGCAGUGCUUCCCAAACUGGGUGCCCUAGAAAACUAUAACAUUCUCUAAGCUCUAAAAACUAUAUAAUAAUCGACUCCAUAAAAAUUUAUAACAAUAUUUGCGCUUUUGAGCUGCGAUGGCU